GAGCGCGUGGGGGAAAGGCGCGUGCUUCGCUGGGGCUGCAGCGGGCACCCGCGAAGGAUUAAGCCUAUCGUUCAGUGGGUCACUCGGAGUUGCUCCUAGUUCGGCCCAGACAUGUCCUACUGCAGGCAAGAAGGAAAGGACAGAAUUAUAUUUGUGACCAAAGAAGACCAUGAAACUCCAAGCAAUGCUGAAUUGGUGGCAGAUGAUCCCAAUGAUCCUUAUGAAGAUCAUGGUUUGAUAUUGCCUAACGGAGAUAUCAACUGGAAUUGUCCAUGCCUUGGUGGAAUGGCUAGUGGUCCUUGUGGGGAACAAUUCAAGUCAGCAUUUUCCUGUUUUCAUUAUAGCAAGGAAGAAAUUAAGGGAUCAGAUUGUGUGGACCAGUUUCGUGCAAUGCAAGAAUGUAUGCAGAAAUACCCGGAUCUUUAUCCUCAAGAAAAUGAUGAUGAUGAUGAAGAUGAAGAAGAUAAUCAAAGCAAAGAUUUAGAAACUACUCCUUCAGCGGGCAAAGAAAAAGAUGGGUCUAGCUAAUGAAUGAGCAUGGAGGCUGUGGUCUCCUUUCCAUAUUCAGAGACAUUUAGAUAGGGCAGAGUAUCUUCUCACCUUUCUUUCUUUCCACCCCAUUGAUCCCACAAGGAAUGCACUUCUGUACACUGAAUCAUGUGAACUCACUCACUGAAGAAGCAGCUUCAGCUCUAUGGCUUUAACAAAGAAAUGUUGCAGUAGAGUCAGUAUAGAAGAAAUGUAGACACCACCAGUGCUUUAUCACUUUACUUCUCCGGUUAUGUUCAGUUUAUAGGUUGAUUUGAAGAACAGCAAUGGUUAAAGCUCUUUUAGGAAAGCAAGAAUACCGGAUCAGCAAAAUGUCAGUAGGUAGCUCUCUUCAAGAUUUUAUAUGAUGAAAAUUAAUACAGAUUUCUCAGAACAACCAGAUUGAUUCAGAAAUCUGGGUAAAAUUUUCAGUUAGUCAGCCUUAUAUGCUUAAUAGCACAGAAAGUUUGCAUGUAUAAUUAAUUUCUAAUAAUAGAAAAUUAAUGUUAGUAUAUUGAUUUUCCAUUUUAAAAUAAAUGUUGAUCAGGCCUAGCCAUAACUGAGCAGUCUAGAGAAAAACAUUGGUCACUGGGUUCCUUAAUGUUCCUAAUAAUCCCUGUUUUGAGGGGUUUCCUUUGUUCCCUCUCCCAGCAGGUUGCUGACCCUAAUAGGACAAUUGCAAUGUUACCAGGGGUAAUAAACCUCUCCAUAGGUAUUGUGAUUUGACUGUAUAUUAAAAGUGAAUUCCUUUUACCUUA